AUGUUUGUUUAUGAAACAAACCCUGAUGAAAUUAGGAACAUAAAAAAAUUGUUACCCAAUAAAAUCUGUAGUGGCUAUGAUGAAGUACCUGACCCCAUAUUAAAGGUGUGUGCUCCCCAUAUAGCAAAGCCAUUAUCAACCAUCAACAACCAAUCAUUAAAAACUGGCAUUUUUCCAGAUGCUCUCAAAAUAGCUAAAGUCUCACCAUUACUAAAGAAAGGUUCCCCUGAUUUAGUAUCCAAUUAUAGACCAUUAUCCAUAUUAAGCAUCUUUUCAAAAAUCCUGGUAAAACUGUUUUAUGACAGGCUUAUAAAUUUCAUAAAAAACCACGCACCAAUCAGUAUUCAACAACAUGGUUUUAGUAAAUCUUUAUCCACCCAGACAGCAAUUUUUGAACUUGGGAAAACUGUAUGUAUCAACUUCCAUCUAAUUCCCACAUCCAAUCAAAAAACUAUCCAAGUAAAGUUAAAUAAUGAUAAAAUUGAAAAUGUAAAUGCAACAAAAUUUUUGGGUCUAUGGGUCCAACAAAAUUUAAAAUGGGACACAUAUAAACAACUUAUCAAAGAAACUCUCAUCAUUGUGCUAUGGACUAAGAAUACUAAAAUCUACUACAAGUAA